AUGGGUGUUCACAAGAAAUCGCGCAAGUUCGCUCAAGCAAAGAGAGCUAUCUCUCUCCGUGAUAAUCGCCUAAAGGAACCCACGAACAAGGAAGAGAAAAAGCCCAAAUCCGAUGACUUGGUCCGCGAAGCACCCCAGGCUCCUUCGUCUCUUUUCUUCCAAUAUAACACCGCCCUGACACCCCCCUACUCCGUGCUCGUCGAUACCAAUUUUAUCUCCCAUACCAUCCAACACAAGUUGGAAAUCAUUCCCACCAUGAUGGACUGUCUCUACGCCAAAUGCACGCCCGUCAUUACCGACUGCGUGAUUGCCGAGUUGGAGAAACUGGGCCAGAAGUACCGCCUGGCAUUGCGCGUUGCCAAAGAUCCUCGCUUUGAAAGAAUCAAGUGCGAUCACAAGGGUACAUAUGCCGAUGACUGCCUCGUUGAUCGGAUCAUCAAGCACCGUGUCUAUAUUGUGGCGACAAACGAUCGUGAUCUCAAGCGACGAAUUCGACCGAGGUCCCAAGAAGAAGAAGAAAACGCUAAUAUCCUCAUCAGCAAAAUCCCCGGUGCCCCAAUUAUGAGCGUCGCAAGAGGAAAAUACGUGAUCGAACGUCUCCCCGAUGCCCCCGAAAAGUGA